GACCAACAGCGGAACAACCCCUCCAGAUUCCGUAAACAUCCUGACGUCACUUCCGCUUACAUUCGCGUGAAAAACAUAGCAAACGCUGAAAUUUAUUUCGUAUUAAGCGCUAUUUCCAAUCCAUGGGCUUGUGCGUCCAUUGAUUCUGAAGUGCAGAGACGCGCUUUCUGAAGCACGGCUGUAUUAUUAGCCUCGGUAAUGAAGGGCCCGAGUGCAGAGACUGAGGUGAUCGAGGAAGCACCUGCUGACCCUAACAAUGAAGAACUUCCACCUUACCUGCGUGAAGAGCCACCUGAAGACUUGGAGAAAGACCAGCCUAAGAAUGAAGCAGGUGUGGUGUGGAGAGUGACAGGUGGGCUGUUCAACCUCACCAGAGGAGCGGUGGGCGCCACCCUCGGAGGAGUGGCCUGGGUAGGCAGCAAGAGCUUUGAGCUGACCAAGACGGCAGUGACGAGCGUUCCCGCAGCCGGAGUGGGAUUGGUCAAAGGCGGCGUCUCCGUGGUAACGGGAGGGGUCGGGGCAGUGGGGUCUGCAGUAGCCGGUAAAGUUACACCAAAGAAAAAAGACAAGUCGGAUUAGACUGGCUGACUCGCUCCCACCCUUUGUUCGAUUCGGUGCGUCUGUGGUUGUCUGCCUGGGUUGUUCUCACUUUCAAGAGGGUUGGAAAGCAGGUGGCAGGUUCAUUUAGCCCAUGGGAAAAUUACUACUGUUUCGCAUUCACCAAAUACAUUCCUACUUUAAGUUAAUGUAAAGAACUGUAACACUUUAUCUAAACACACUUCGACCCCUACCGCAGAGCUACGUGAGAUAAUUGGGAUCUUAUGACUUUUGUUUGCUUAUGUUUUUGUUAUGUAUUUGUAUAUUUUGAGUGUUGGCAGAAUCUGUGUUAUCAGUGCGGCGAAGACUAACUUUAGGACAAAGAGGGAUCAAAUGCUGAUAUCAGACACAUUCUUCCCCCUUUUUUCAUAAGAAAUGUUAUACCAGCAGCUUAAAAGGAAAACUUUGCUUAUUUUUUUCUGUAAUAGCAGCAGUUGUGUACAAAAAUUAGCACUAAUUCUGUAUAAAAUUCAAGUACACAGAAUUAUUCUGAUCUUGCUUAAAGCUCAUCUUCGAACAAAAUAAUGUGAAAACUUGGAAAUUAAGUUAAGGUAUUAUUAUUUAGUUCAGUAAUUUAAUACACAAUAACACUAGAUUACUUUCAUCAUCUAAUAACGUUAGGUCUAAACUACUACUUGGCGUUACCGGCCACAAUAUGUUUCCGCAGUUCGCUGAAUUAUUAUCAUCACCACGUUCUCAUGGUAAGUGUAGAAAUCUCUGAACGGCGGUUUGCAUGUGAUUGGCGCAGAUUACAUUAAUGCCGAGUCUCCAGUGUAAACACUCCAUUUUGCAAGACAUUGUUUGAGCUGUUGAAAUUGAAUCUGUAGCCAGGAAACCAGUGCUUGGAGUUAAGAAAAGAAAUUAUUUGCAUCUUAAAAGGAUGCAGGGAAAAAGAAACUACACUUUUUUUUUUUUCUCCCCCAGUUUAAAAUACUUUUAAGCAUUCACGCUUCAUUUUCUCCUUGCGAAGCAUCGCUUGUAGUUCAUUUGAGAUGAUGUUUUAUUGGCCGUACAUGUGCCUGAAUGUCUUGGGAGUUUUAAAAGCUCAAUGUGGAGUGUUUAGUGUUUCAGAACAGUGCAAAGUAACCACAGAUGUAUUUCCUGCUACCAUUUUGCAGCUGUUUACAUCAUAGAACCAGCACGAUCGAAAAUGUGCGCAUUUGAGUAUUUGUUCGUACGUUACUGUCGUUUUUUUUUUUUUCCACUGCUUAAAUGUUUGUCUCCUUUUUUACUUUAUUUAUGCAAAAACAACAUAUGGCAUAUUAUUAUAUUGUUACAAUGCAUGCUUGAAUCUCUAGUUCUCUGUACAACAUGCUGUUUAACUUACAACAUGCUGUUAAUUGUGAGUAUGUAUUUCAUUUUUUCCAUGUUUCUUUCUGUUUUUGCUAUCUACACACUUUCUGGUAGCUACCCAUGUCUUUAAGAUGCUGUUACUAUGAACUGGACUUUUAAGACCAAGUAGAUUUUGUCUAUAAUAGAACUAUUUUUGCUAAAUUGAUGCUGUAUUCUACAAAUAAAGCAUUCUGUAUUUUAGAAA